AUAAUUAAACUAACUCUUCUUCUCUCCCAUUCCCCCUCAGCUCCCUAGUCCCUACAAAUACAACAAAUUCAAACCCAAACCCUAACCCAAUCACACACAGACAAUAAACUAAACUCCAUUCUAUUCUCCCACUCAUUUCCAGUUUCCACCAAAUGGAACCAGAAGAAUCUAACCACCCAAUCGGAGCAUCUUUCUUGGGAAUAAUCUCCGCCUUAGCCUUGCACUUCCGGCACCGCCAAUCCAAGCGGUCCAAGGAUGAGCACCUCCACAAUUUCCUUGCUCCGCUUCUCGAAAGAUCCGAUUCCGGUCGUGCCGGACGGGUCGAACGGUUUUCCAUCUACGUUGUGAGGCAAAUGGGGUUCAAAGAGGGAGAAGAGUGCCACCAAUUAAGGGAGUUAGCUCAAGAAUACUUGAAGAGAUCCAAGGGCUGUAAAGAGAGGAUCUUUGAGUAUUUUGGAGAUGACCCAAAUGCUAUAAGGUUGGGUGAGAAAUUGGUGGAGGAGUUGGAUAUAUUAAUCUAUUCAUAUUUUGCAUUUCAUUGGAGCAAGGUUCCUGAGAUGAUUUGCCAGGUUUUGAGUGUUGAUGUUGAUCAGAAAAAGUUCAAGGAUGCAGUGAUGGCAGCUACAAGGAAGCUGAGGUUUGAGAAGAUAACAAAGGACUUAAAAGUGACAAGGAUGUUCAGCACACUAGUGGAGGAGAUGAAUAUAAUCGGUCCAGUUUCAAAUAGUGAUGACUCCUCCAAGCAUACGGACGUGAUGGUGCCGGUGGCUCACAGCGAGAGAAGCCCCGUGCUCCUCCUCAUGGGCGGCGGCAUGGGUGCCGGAAAGAGCACUGUUCUCAAAGAAAUCCUUAAAGAUUCAUUUUGGUCGGGAGCGGCAAAGAAUGCGGUGGUGGUGGAGGCCGACGCUUUCAAGGAGACAGACGUAAUUUAUAGAGCCCUUAGCUCUAGAGGCCACCAUCAAGACAUGCUUCAAAUUGCUGAGCUCGUUCAUCAAUCUUCGACGGAUGCUGCAUCGUCACUUCUGGUGACGGCCUUGAACGAAGGGCGCGAUGUGAUCAUGGAUGGAACCCUUUCAUGGAAGCCAUUCGUGGAGCAGACGAUUGCCAUGGCACGAGACGUCCACCAACACCGAUAUCGAAUGGGGGAGGGUUACAAGAUUGCAGAAGAUGGCACGGUGAUAGAGAGAUAUUGGGAGCAAGUAGAAGAGGAAGGAGAGUCACCUAAAGUCAAGAGGCCUUAUAGGGUUGAGUUGGUGGGAGUUGUUUGUGAUGCCUAUUUGGCUGUUGUUAGAGGCAUAAGGAGAGCAAUAGCUACUGGGAGGGCAGUGAGGGUGAAGUCACAAUUGAAAUCUCACAAGAGAUUUGCAACUGCAUUUAAAAGUUAUUCUGAGCUUGUUGACAAUGCUAAGCUCUACUCCACUAAUGAUGUUGAUGGUCCGGCCAAGUUGAUAGCAUGGAAGGAUGGAGACAACAAGCUGUUGGUUGAUCAAGAUGAAAUAAGAUGGUUGGAUUUAGUAAAAAGUUUGAAUGAUGAAGCAGAGUCCAUAUAUGAGGUGUACUCCAAUCCGGACGCAAUAUCUAAACCCGGUUCAAUCUGGUUUGACAAAAUUAUGUCCCCUACAAGGUCUGGUGUGCAAGAUGAGUUGAGGAAUAUCAUUCGACAAAUCGAAAAUCCAGUCCAGAAUGUAAAUCCAUCAAUUUAGGUUAUUCUUAUUACUUUUGGGUUGUGGCUAGCAUUAUAACGUUUUAAUGUUGUUGCUUAGGCUAGUAUUUGUAUAAUCGCGAUACCUGUUUUUUCGAUCUAUUUUAUAAAUAACUUUAUUUAUAUGCUUGUUUUUAUUCCUAAA